ACCACCGACGAAGACUCCUCUCAACGUCGAACGUCCGUUAAUAGCAAAUUUUUUUUUAAAACUAGAUCGAAAUAAUUCCAAAAUUCCUUACGAUAGAAAUUGGAUUAAAGUUUUUUUUUGAAAUCCCCGCCUACAUACGUAAAAUUUAACGAGGAAGAGGAAGUUUUCUUUUUGUUGUGUGUUGUGUUAGUGGUGGGAGGGCUCCAAUGGAGGGUUUGGGCGCUUACGGCGGUGGAAAGGCCGGCGGCUCCUUCGACCCGAUCGGUUUUAUUCGGCGCCCCCAAGUCAUUUUAAGGGCCGUUUGUUGGCUCUUUUCAAUCAUAAUUUUUGGCUGUAUAUCUUCACAAGGAUGGAUUAAGAAUCCAACCACGAAAAAGGAAGAAUGCUUGUAUAAUAAUGAUAGUAAUGCUUGUAAUUAUGGGGUUGGAAUAAGUGUGAUAGCCUUUUUGGCCAGUAUGGGGUUUUUAGCUGGAGAAUAUUUAUUUGAGCAGAUGUCGUCGGUUAAAACUCGCAAACAUUACGUAUUAGGCGAUUUGGGAUUCUCAGGAUUUUGGUCAUUUUUAUUUUUCGUUGGAUUUUGGUACCUAACCAGACAAUGGGGAAAAUCUGAAACACCUCCCAAUGGUUAUGGAGUGAAUAAUGUUCAAGCUGCUAUCGCAUUUUCUUUUUUCUCUAUAUUUACUUGGGCUGGGUGUGCAUGGUUCGCUUAUCAACGUUUUAGACAAGGUGCAGAUGCUGCUUUUGCAACGAAUUUCGAAGCGGACGCUACUUUACCGACAUCUUAUCCCAGUUAUCCCGGCGGACCGGAUAUGAUGGACCAACAAUAUCAGCAACCACCUUUUUCUGCUGGUAUAAAUCAAAGAGGUUCAGGCGAAUUUCAAGCACCAGCUUAUUAAA